AUGGAUGCCUCGACUAUAUUUCGCUUGAUUGUUUUCUUUCUUUUAUUAAGUCACAUCAGCUCCGAGUGUUUUCCAGGAUGCUCCUGUGGGACCGAUCGUUAUGGGAGGUCACUCACGUGUAUGGAAGCGCCUUUAUCCGGCAUUCCUGAGGACAUACCGGAAAACGUAACUAAAAUCCGAAUCGAGAAAUCCCUGCUAAGUGAGCUACCAAAGGCAGCGUUUUCGCACGCGAAGUCACUAAAGCAUCUCUGGCUGAACUUCAACGACAUCGCCAUCAUAAAUAUCAAAAGUCUGGAAGGUUUGUGCAACUUGACGGAGCUCCGGUUGCAGGGUAACAAACUGCGUUCAGUACCAUGGACAGCGUUUGAGGAAACCCCCAACCUGAAGAUCCUGGACCUGAAGCACAACCGCAUCGACGCCCUCCCGGAGCACGCGCUGAAAUUUCUACCAGGCCUGACCUACUUAGACCUGUCCUUCAAUCAACUCUCGGUCAUUUCUAAAGACGUCUUCCUGAACUGGCCUCUCUAUCACGCGGAAAACAAGCACGAGCUACCUGCCGCGUCCAACGUCGUUCUGGCGCUUCAUGAAAACCCGUGGCUCUGCGACUGUCGCCUGGGAGGCUUCGUCGAGUUCAUCAAAUCGCUGAGUCCACCCUUCAUUCUAAUGAACUCGUAUUUGAAAUGCUCCAGCCCCGAAUUCAAGGCGGAGAAGUUUUUCCACGAGGUCGAUCUAAAGACGUGUGUGAAGCCCGAGGUCAGCUCCCCAGACGCGAACAUCACCGUGCCGUUAGGGGGGAACGUCACGCUAACGUGCUUUGCCACGGCCAGACCUGAACCUGCUGUUCGGUGGAUAUAUGGUCUUAAGAUACUAAGAGGAUUUCGUGAGACUCAGAGCCGUGUGGAUGAAGACACUAUCAAGUCCCAGCUGAUCAUUCCAUCUCUCCAUCCGGCCGAUCGAGGGCUCUACACCUGCACAGCCAACAACUUCCUGGGCAAUUCCUCCAUCGGUGUUUUUCUGGACGUGAAGUCCCCCGAAGGCUCCGUGUCUCAUUCCUCAGGCUUCCCUGCUGCCAUCGCUGAGGAAAAUGUUUACAUCGAUAUCCGUAUUGCCAAGCAGACAGUGUACGGCAUCACGAUCGAGUGGCAUGCCGUGACCGACAAUCCAUCUGAAACCUGGUUCACCAUCCAUUUCGGCCGAUACGACACGCUCAAGAAGGAGCAGAUAUACAUCGGGCCAGGUAUCAGCACAUACUCUGUCACAGACCUGCUGCCAGCCACUAAAUAUGAAAUCUGUGUUACUCUAAAAAACCAGGCACCUCGGAUCGGCCAGUGCAUUGUAUUUGUGACAGGCAGUGAUUUCAAUGAGAUGGAGCAGAGAGAGAAGCUCAUUCACAUCGUCAUCAUUGUAUUCGCCAUGGUGCUCGCUGUGCCCGCGGGAAUGUACGCCUGCACCACCGACGCCAAGUUCAACUGCUUCGAGCGUUGCACGGAGAUGUGGAGAAACAGGAGACAUUCGGAACAAUCUCACACCUCCGAUGAGAGACAGGGCACGUUUGACAGUCUCCAAGCUGCCAGCGAUGAAGGCCUCUGCAAGGAGUCCAGCAAAGAGAGGAAAGCCAGGCGAAGGUCUGCUGAGAAGAUACAGAAACCAAAGAAUGAACGAAGGCCGACAGCUGAGCUUUACUGACACCACACACGCUCAAAGACAGCUAUAGACUCAUUAAUACCCACGAAAGGAUUCAGACAAGCCUCCAUUUUAAUUACGUUGGGACAUUGAUCCAGCUUGAGUGGAGAUCCGAGUAAAGUUAAUGUACUUAUUAUGGAUGCCACAGUCUUCAGAAGAGAGUCUCAACUGGUCAUGAACUCAUGGAUUGUCAGGAUUUUCCAGACAAACUAGUAAAAUCCACAGAAUCCACUGAAUCUCUAGUACAAUUAAUCAGAGGCGAACAAAUGCACUUUGAGAACUUGUGACAAUUAGUAGUGCUCAAGACAUAGAAAAUACAACUACUGUACAGAAAAUCUAUUUUUCUCAGAUUAUUAUAUGUGCUUGAUGAUGAUAUUUUGAAUCUAAAUUAUAAAUUAUUUUAAGCUGGCGUGCGCUUAAUAAAUUCAUUGGCAUGUUUUAUGUAACAGAUUUAUUUUAAUGCACAUAAUACAAACACAGGAGUACAAAAGCAGAUUAGGAUUUUCAUGCCUGUUCCAUAUUAUGUCAAUCCAAUACUUAUCUUUCAAAAUGAACACAGGCAUCACCCAGCAAGCACUUUAAUAAACAAAUAAAACAAGUCGCAUGCAGACAAUGAAAACCAAACAAUGAGUGAUACAAGACACUGUAAUACACUGACCUCUAAAGGAACUAAAACUGGUUGCUUUUUUGGAAAAUAAAUGUUUUUUCAUUUGAAAUAUUAUACUUUAUUUUUAAAAAAAUGAGUGAUAGGUGCUAUAUUUGUUAUUCAGUACCAAAUAUACUUGUGUUUCUGUAGUUGAUGUUGAUACAUGUGUAUAUAAAUGGUUAUCACACAUACCUAAUGUAUGAUGAAUUGUAGACAGUGCAGUUGAAGUCCUUCAGUUUCAUGCAAGUGAUUUGUGAUGCAUAAAAUAACUAGGGCGAAGGGCUAGUGUUCUGCACCGAGCCGGGCUUGUUGACAGUUGUGCUUUUGUUUUUUCCAUUGUGGUGCUGCUAAACCAGGAUUAAAACAUACAGUACGUAACCGAUCAUGAGUCAUUAGACUCGCUACGUCACUAAAGCAGAGCACAGUUCUCUACAUACGGUAUGCUUACACCCAUGAUCAAAAAGCUGUGCAUUGGACUUUUUGUAAAUGGUUCUAAUGGAUAUGCUUUGGCAUUGGAAAUUUUUUUUAUUUUAUAUGUAUUUUAGUUUUAAACUUUGAGUGUCCUGACUUUACAUCACAAGGUCUCUGUGACCUUAACCAGAGGGCUCCAAAAUCAACUAGUCAGAAUGUACGCAUCUUGGUUUGAAUGUUCUGUUUUUCUUUUAUCCUAGUCCAUCAGAGCACUUUGCAAGUUUGUAAUCCUCUCUAAAAAACCCAGUAAUCCUACUUGCUUCCUACAGGGUAUAAUUCCAUGUCAUUUGUGCUUUUACCCCUAGUGCUGCUUUUACUAUCUGAAAACGGACUUUUCUCAUCACGGCAGUUUUGUCUCGUGUGCUUUUAUAAAGAAGAAAGAGCAUAUGCGUUUUCGUAAACAUUUUCAAAGCUGAAUAGCAAACAUCCCAAAAACUUACAGUGCAUGUGCGUCUUUAAACGGAUAAACGCAUGGUUAGAGAUUUAGGAAAGCCAGAGAAAGACGACUCAUAAUGUCUUCUAAAUAUUAAAGUCAUCAAAUCUGAAAAUGUUAAGCCCCAAAAGAACAAGCACAUGCUAAAAAAGAUAAAUCACAGCUGCGCAUGGUAAGUUUCUGACAUAUUUCAGUCGCAUUUCUCAUAAAAAAUGUAUUUGCGUAUUUGUAAAAAAAACAACAAC